GCGGAGCUUUUGAAGUUCUCCUGGAAGUGGCGGUUUGUUUCAAUAUGGCGGCGGUUGCUGAUGGAGAAACGAAUUCGACCGGGAUUUAUUGGAUUAACGACACUUCAGAAGAAGAGCAGUCCACAGUAUUAGUUCCAGGUGCGAGAAGAAAGAAGGGACUACAGGUAAAAGUAAAACCCACCUUAGACAUGAAGUCGAGGACUGGGAAGAAGCCGGACCGAGUACCAGAUUUCCCUGUAGCGAAGACGCCUUUGCAGAAGGUCUCUGAAUUUUCAUCCAAAUCCAGAACUCCACCUCGAUUGUCAGAAUCGUCACAGACUCAGGUCAUCCCUCAUAGACUGCAAGUCAAAAGCAAGGCGUCAUUAAAGGACCUUUGUCCAGAAGACAAGCGUCGCAUCGCCAACCUGAUCGAAGAGCUGGCGAAAGUAAGUGAAGAGAAAGAGGAGUCCGUGCAGAGGCUCAAAGAUGAACAGGAUACGUUUGAGAAAAAGAUCCAACAAAUGGAAGAGCAGAAUCGACUCAUUGUACAGGAAAGAGAAAGUUUGCAGCAGCAGUACAAGGAGUGCCAGGAGCUGCUGGGACUCUAUCAGCAGUACCUUUCCCAACAGCAGGAGAAACUCAACCAGUCCAUCUCUCAGCUGAAUCAGUCACGCUCCCACUCCCACUGCAGGACAGCCAGUAGUGAGAGAACAUUAAGCAGAACCCAUAUUGCGAAAGAAAGAGGUGCCGUUUAUAAUGGCUCUUAUUUGGAUCCCCCCAAUUCUGGAAGAACAGGGUCAGCAGGUUGCGCUCACUCGUGUUUAGCCGGCGGUUGUUCUGGGCCUUCCUCAAUGCCCUCGUGUUGCAUUGAGCACGGCGGAGGAAGCCAUGAGCAAGACGCACCAGGUGUCCACAAGCGUUCAGGGGAUGGCUGGAGAGAGCCACCGCAUGAUAUCUGCCGGAGAAAGGAUCAGGUGGCCAACGAUGCCACCAAGCCGAGAGACUCGCGCCAUGAAUUGGGGCUGAAAAACGAAACCGGAUGCUGCACGGGGCGCAUCGAGCCAGCGCCCUACAUUGGCAGGGAGGACUGGGAGGCGAAGCGCCAGCGUUUGCUGGUUCAGAAGAAGCAGCUGGAGGCUGAAAGAGAGAGGCUGCAAGCUCGACUUGCUGAGCAAGAAGAGAGGCUGCUGAAACAGAACCAGGAGCUCAGACAAUCCCGACUCAACCACAGCAAGUUUCAGCAAGAAUUAGAGCAGUCUUUUAAUGAAAUAAGAUUUAAUGAAACACCUCAACCCAGUGUCACUGCACAUCCACACAGUGAAAGAAAUAAGGGAGGUCUUCAGGUCCUGAAGGGAAGUGUCAGACAGCCUUUAAAUGAAGUUCGACCACAGGAGCACAACCUGCAGCGAGCCGAUCCUAUACUUUCAAACGGUCUCUCCACAGUUGCUAAGAAGGAUAUGGCCACCUCUCCUGUAAAUUCCCCAAAGUUCCAAAAGUCAUCGAUACGACAGAAAUUGCCGGUCAGCCAUCCCAGAACCCCACAGUCACCAAAGUUGGAUUCCUCGCUGAUCGAGCUCCUGGAUAUUUUUAGUCCGAUCAGUAACGGGGAGAGAAGCAGCGUCAGCUCGUCUGCGCUCAGGAGUCUCGCCGGCCCUCGUCAGCCUCUCGGUGCCGUCCGGCCCCUGUGCAGCUCUGCUCUUUCUCCCCGAGGCCAAACACAGCCCUCGCAGGAAGAGCUGCAGGAGAGUCAGAUACUCGAGGAGAUAUUCUUCAUCUGCUAGAACUCAAGGUCUUCGCCAGAACCUUAACGAGAGCACGAAAUGCAUAAUAACUCGCCGUUCGCAGUUGAGCUCCGCGCGCGACGGCCGUACGUUAUUAUAUUUAAAAUUUCAUUACUGGAUUUCUAAUUAUUUGUUCGAUCGUUGGUCUCGAAUCGCUUUUCGCCGCCUUUGCGUUACUGCCUUAAUUGUAUACUCGCUGUACGCCAAAGUAAUCAUGGCUUUUAUUAUUUGUACGAUAUAUUUUUUUUUCUAAUGAUAAUAAACCCAAAUGAAAGCAGGA